CUUGAGAAGCGGUACAAAAGCAACCCCUUACAUCAAUAUGGCUCGAGUCAUUGGUACAGAUGUGCCUAAGUAUGGACGACGAGUCCUUCUCAAGAUUAUCGACGACAAAGCAGCGGACGAGCCGGACGCAGAAUGGAUAUCCACCCCUCGAAGCUCAGAUCCCAAAGACGGUUGGGAGAAGGUUACUUAUAGGCAACUAGCAAAUGCUAUCACCUUCGCUGCACACAAGAUCCUUGCAGAAGCCGGCCAACCCAGUCAGACCAAAUUCCCGACUAUUGCGUAUAUCGGACCUAGUGACUGUCGCUAUCUCAUUUUUGCAUUCGCAGCGAUUAGAGUUGGCUACAAGUCACUUUUCAUCUCCCCAAGAAACUCCUUGGAGGGUCAGAUCCGACUAUUCGAAAAUACAGACUGCGAGUACAUUGCGCACACACCUGAAUUUAGUGAUCAUGUCGAUCUCUGGUUACAACGUCGCAAGAUGAAGAGCUAUGUUGUAUCGCCGGUGCAAGAGUGGUACGCCGACCUUGGAUUACCUCUGAUCCCUUACGAGAGAGAUUUUGAGCAGGCACAAUGGGAACCCCUUGCCGUGCUGCAUACGAGUGGCAGUACUGGAUUCCCUAAGCCGAUUGUAGUCAAACAAGGCUCACUUGCUAUUGCCGACGCUCAGCGACUGCUCCCAAAGAGACAUGGUGGGCACCCGUGGCUGGCAGAAAUGGAGAAGACGGGCAGAAUUUUUCUACCUAUGCCAUUUUUCCACAUGGCUGGCCUCUUCUUGGCUACAAUAUACAUUUUUCUCGAUACGCCAGCGUCAAUUGGUAUAGCCUCAAGGCCUCUUACUGCGGAUCUGGCCUUUAAAUCCAUCAAGCAUUCUGGAGCCGAAUCUACGAUGCUCCCACCUUCAGUUCUGGAAGAAAUGAGUCAAGAAUCAUCACAUGUCGACUGUUUGAGCAAGCUGAAGAUGGUUAUGUUCGGCGGUGGAAACUUAUCUCAUGGAGCAGGGUCAAAGCUUGUGGACCAUGGAACUAAGCUUGGUAAUUUCAUUUCUUCAACAGAAUUCGCCCCAUACCCUAUCUAUUCCCAACCAGAUCCGAAACUUUGGCAGUAUUUUCAUUUUGCCUCUGAAAUGGGUGGGUUCGAUUGGCGUAAACAACCUGGAGAUGAGAAUAUUUACCAGCUGUUCGUCAAGCGCAAGGACCGACAUCCUGGACUUCAAGGUGUCUUUUACACAUUUCCGGAGUUGGACGAGUGGGAUACAAAAGAUCUCUACCGUCCGCAUCCUACACUUGAAGACCGAUGGUCAUACUAUGGACGAGCUGACGAUGUUAUUGUGUUCUCGAACGGCGAGAAACUUAACCCUGUUAGCCUCGAAACGAUCGUGACUUCUCACCCACAAAUUAAGGGCGUCUUGGUUGUGGGUGCCAACAGAUUUGAACCUGCAAUGAUUCUCGAGCCUUUCAAGCACCCCGAGACUGAACAAGAGGCGAGAGACCUGAUCGAAAGCGUCUGGCCUCUGGUUAAGGAGGCAAACGGAGAUACUGUCGCUCAUGGUCAGAUCGACCAGAAUCUCAUCACGCUCUCCAACCCAGAAAAGCCCUUUUUACGAGCUAGUAAGGGGACUAUUCAGCGAGCGCUCACAGUCCAGUCGUAUCAAGAAGAAAUUGAUCAGAUAUACGGGAAGUCGGAACAGAAUCAACAUAAUAGCGCCCCUCUGUUGGACAUCGCCUCAGAAGAACGUUUGAUGGAGUCGCUGCAACAGCUGUUUACAGACAGAUUUGGGACUCCGAAGCUGGCCCCAGAAACUGAUUUUUUCAGUGCUGGCAUUGACUCGUUGCAGGUGAUGAAUGCUUGUCGUCUCAUCUCUGUUGGGUUGAAAGCCUCCGGUGCUGAAUUGAGUUCCCUUCUUGUUCCGCGAGAAAUUUACUCUCAUCCGACAUUUAGGAGUCUUGCAGCGCACCUGUAUAAACUGAGCAAGAAUAGAGGACUUCAGGGAGACUUCGAGGACGAAGAGAUGAGUGAGAUGAAAAUGCAGCUAGAGAGAUACACCGAGGAUCUUCCAGUGUCGGACCUUACCAAGCCUGCCCCAAAUGAUCAAGACCAAACAAUCAUCCUUACUGGAAGUACUGGAGCAUUGGGUUCAUACAUAUUGGUAUCGUUAUGUCAAAACAGUAACGUCAAGAAGAUAAUCUGUCUCAACCGUUCGGAAGAGGGGUGCAAGCGGCAGACACAGGUCUGUGGGUCACGUGGCUUGAGCAGGGACUUCGACAAAUGUGAAUUCCUACAAGCUGACAUGUCAAAGCCAUAUCUCGGCUUGACAGUCGAAGACUACGACAGUAUCUUGUCUACAGCAGAUCGCGUUAUCCACAACCAGUGGCCCGUCAACUUCAACAUGUCGACCGCGUCCUUCGAACCGCAUGUUCGAGGUGUUCGCCAUCUGGUGGACUUCAGUACUCAAGCAGUAAAGCGGGUGCCCAUUGCAUUUAUAUCGAGUAUCGGCACACUGGAAAGAUGGGGCAAGGAGUCGGCUGUCCCUGAGGAGAGAAUCCCCGAUCUGAACCUAAGUAUGGGUGGCUACGGACGGUCAAAGCAAGUCGCUAGCUUGAUCCUCGAUGAAGCCGCCACGACUUCUGGGAUACCAGUAGCUAUCAUUCGUGUGGGGCAAAUCGCUGGUCCUCGCCAAGAGAAGGGAGCAUGGAAUCGACAGGAGUGGCUGCCGUCACUCAUUGCGUCAUCCCUUUAUCUUGGGAUGCUUCCAGCGACGUUGGCGAAUAUGAAUGCUAUUGACUGGGUGCCUAUCGAGGAUGUGGCACAUAUUAUCCUCGAAAUUACAGGUGUUGAGUCUCGUGUUCCCAUCGAAGAUUUUGCCGGUUACUUCCAUUGCGUCAACCCAGAUGUGACCACCUGGGAAACUCUAGUGCCCGCUAUCAAAGAGUUUUACGGAGAACGGCUAGAGAAGAUUGUUAGCUUUGACGUAUGGUUGAAUGCUUUGCAGAAGAGCCAGGGAGCAAUAGAGGACCCGAAUGAAAACCCUGCCAUCAAGUUGCUCGACAUGUACCAGGGUCUUCAACAGGCAAGCAUGGCGGGAAUGCCACAGAUGAGGUUUGCAAUGGACAGAACCAAGGCAUACAGCAAGAUUGCUACAGACCUCAGAGCUGUUACGCCUGACCUAAUGACACUCUGGUGCAAGCAAUGGGGCUUUUGAUUUCUUUAUUUUUUUCUAUGAAAUACUUUAAUUGAUUGAUUUGGUAACGGAGCGGCUAACCUUUAUUAAUGUAAACCGUGCUUUUUAAAGGCGUAUGUCGUAAACCUUUAUAGAGAAC